GUUGGUAGCCUCUGACCUUCGGUGUUUCCCUGGAGACGUCUCAUUGCCCCGACUGGGUAACAUCAUCAGGGCAGCAACCAACUAGCAACCUCAGGGACGUCAACUAACUCUCUCUCUCUCUCUCUCUCUCUCUCUCUCUCACACACACACACACACACAAAGAAUCACAAAAACACAAAAGCGUUUCGGAGCACGUGGUCCUAGCUGAAAGGGAGGGGGGAAGGAGAAGAGGCGGUGAAAGGGCGGAGCUUCAAAGAAUAGGCGGACCCGAGAGGAAGCCAGAAACCCCGCCCCCCGCCUCUCCCCUCCCAUCGGCUGGAUCUCUGCUUCCCUUGGCCCGGCGAGGAUCGGCGCUGGAUCCCUCGGGAGAGGCUCCUGGAUCCCGUUCGGAGCAGGAGGCCAGUGAGGAUGUGGCCGUAAACCCCACAGAGGAGAAGGGGGCGUUCUUGGACUGAUACCCCAAAACAGAUUUACAUUUAACACAUUAAGAGUUGUGGUGGCACAGUGGUUAGAGUGGAGUAUAGUCAGCUACGUCUGCUGCCUGCCAGUUGCCUGCAAAUCAGCAGUUUGAAUCUCAUCAGGCUCCAGGUUGACUCAGCCUUCCAUCCUUCCCGAGGUUGACUCUCCCCUUGAGUCUUUGGCCGGGAUUCCCCUCUGGAGAAUUUGGAAAUCGUGCCCUGGUUGGAGAAACAGCUUCCUGCCCAAAGGACCAGUCCAUUAAGGAGAAAUCAAACCGGUCGGCAGUGAGGGUCCAUCCCUGGCCUUGACUCAGAGGGUAACAAGUGACCCAGAGACCUCUGAGCUCUAACUUUGAAGGAUAAACGAUUGUGACCAAAUGUUUACUUGCAAGACAACUUCCAACAGAUAGUAGAAAUUCAGCCUAAGGCAGCAGAUGCCACAAAGCAUGGAGCGUGAGAAAAUCUGGAAUCUCCCAUCAGAUACAAGCAACACUCUGAAAAACCACCAAAGAACCCAUGAAUGCUCCGAGUGUGGGAAAUCCUUUGCUCUCCACUCUCUCCUUUUGACCCACAGGAAGGUCAAUGUGGGAAGCGGAUCCAGUCAAGGAUUGGAGGGUGAGAAAUCCUUCUCUGGAACAGACACCAAAGACCUCAGUCCCCCAACACUAAAACCCUAUAAAUGUGAGGAAUGUGGCUUAUGCUUUAGUCAAAACUCAAUCCUUUUUAAACAUCAGAAAAUCCACACUGGAGAGAAACCUUAUCAAUGUCUGGAAUGUGGGGAUUUUUUCCGUGAAAAACUCACUCUCAGAAACCACGAAAGAAUCCACACAAGGGAGAAACCUUACAAGUGUUGGGAAUGUGGGAAGAGCUUUUCUCAGAAGUCAAAUCUUUGGAUCCAUGAUAAGACUCAUGUAGGAAUAAAAUCUUACAAAUGCUUUGAUUGUGGAAAAUGUUUCACCCGGAGUUCAGUUCUUCGGACUCAUGAGAAAACACACACAGGGGAGAAAAACGAAAAGUGCCUCGAAUGCGGGAAAUAUUUUACUCAGAAAUCAACCCUGCUGCGACAUCAGAGACUUCACACUGGAGAGAGACCUUAUGAAUGCCCAGAAUGUGAGAAACAAUUUAUGUAUUCUUAUGAACUUCAGAGACACCAGAAAUGGCACAAAGGAGACCUACCCUAUAAAUGUGGGGAGUGUGGGAAAAGUUUUAAUUCACCAGGAGUGCUUCAAAUUCAUCAGAGAAUCCACACAGGGGAGAAACCCUACAAAUGUGGGGAGUGUGGGAAAUGCUUCCCCCAAAAACAGCAACUCAAAAGGCAUCAGAGGCUCCACACAGGAGAGAAGCCAUACAGAUGUGGAGAAUGUGGAAAAUGCUUUGCUCACAAUGGAGACCUUUGGAGACAUCGUAAAACCCACACAGGGGAGAAACCAUAUCAAUGCACCGAAUGUGGACAAUUCUAUUGUACCUCAUCAGCCCUUAAAAGUCAUAUGAAAAUUCACACGGAGGAAAAGAACUACAAAUGUUUGGACUGUGGGAGAGCAUUUGCUCAUUCAUCUCACCUUAGACGUCACAGCCGAAUCCAUACAGGAGAGAAGCCCCAUAAAUGCUCAAGGUGCGAUCAAUGUUUUGCUCGGAAAGAUUAUCUUGUGAAGCAUCAGCAAAUCCACACUGGAGAGGAACCGUAUAAAUAUCUGGAGUGGGGGAAAUGUUUUGCCCAACCUUCAGCAUGUCAGAUGCACACCAGACUUCACACAGGAGAGGUUAAAACCAUCGAGGUUGUUGCCGGCCAGAAGGGCCGGGAAGAAAUUCGCGGUGCUGAUCUGUGGCCGCCCAGUCCCUUCCGGUGGCUGGAGGGGGAGGAGAAAAGGGGCGAAUUGCAAAGGGAGAGGGGAGGAAAAGAGAGAGAGAAACGAGAUUGGUGGGUUGCAACCCCGGGCUUUGCUUUCUCGCCUGUCCCGGGCAAGACCCGGGUUCGGUGCUGCUGCAGAGGCGAUUCUCUCCUGGAGGCACAGAGUUAUAGCUGGCCAAAGGGCUCAGGCACACUUGAAGAAUAUCACUUCCUGCCUACCUACCUGCCUGCACCAUUAACGUCAAUGGGCUUCUACUCCAGAUUUCUUGAGUGGCGGCAAGCCGACCAAGGUUGGACUUUUCUCACCUCAACCCAAUUGGGACCCAACGCCAGUAGACCCAAAGAAUUGAAAGGGAAGGGAGGAAACCGAGCUGGACUAAAGUCACGCUGGCCUGGAGGAGUUGAAAUGGCCUCCAAGGAGGCAGAGGAAGACUUGAUGAGUCCCCGUGAUCAACAGGAUUAUCUCCCAGUGGUACAGCAGGAGGAGAAAGCAGAAGGACAGAGUGUGGCAAGUCCUGGAGAUGUUUCUGAGGGAACGGAGUUGAGCAACCAUGUUGGCCUGCUAAAAAACGAAGAGAAAACAUCGCCCGGAAAAGAUGCCCCAGGGAUGGAGGAAAGGUCUCCAUCUCAACCCGAGCAUGCUCCGUUCCCGGCUUCCCAACGCUGGGACGAUUUAUUUCUGACCUCCAUCGAAAAGGCAAUCAACACUCACCCGGGGAAAUGGAUGUCCCAGCUCAUCCCAGGCCUCAAAGACGAAGGGGAAGCAUUUGAGGACAAGGAGAUUGGAGACUACGGGAAAGUGAAGGCGGCCGUCUUGCGGGUGGAUGCGAUCAGCACCGAAGUCCAGCGGCAGCAUUUCCGGCGGUUCUUAUACCGAGAGGUUGAUGGUCCCCGGGAAGCCUGCAGCCGUCUCUGGUUCUUGUGCCACCGGUGGCUGAAGCCGGAGAGGCACACCAAGGAGCAGAUCCUGGAGCUGCUGAUCCUGGAGCAGUUCUUGGCCAUCCUGCCCAGGGAGAUCCAGGGCUGGGUCAAAGAUGGCUGCCCUGAGACUUGUGCCCAGGCAGUGACUCUGGCUGAAGACUUCCUCUUGAGCCAACAAGAAGUUGAGAGACAGACUCAGCAGGUGCCUGAGUUGUUUGAGGAGACGGGGGCGAGCUCCCCAAAGACCAGCGACCAAAUCUUGCCAGACAUUGAGCAGAGUCAACGGUGUUUGGAGGUUAAACAGGAGCAGCCUCUGGAGAACUUGUCUUUAGAUGAUCUCUGCGCGAGUGAAAACGACGCUGGGAUCCCCCAGCAGGCAAGGCGAGAACCUGAGAUGCUGCCCGAGGCAUCCGAGGGAGGCACUCCGGAUUCCCUUCCCAUUUCAGAUGAGCAAGGAGCCAUCUCUGAAAGCCAGCAGAAGCCAGAACAUGCUGGCUUGAGAAAACCUCCAAGGAAGAGGGCUCAAAACUCCAUUUCUUUGGUGGAGGGUUACAAACAUCUCAGCGUCGCCCCAACAGAAAAGAAAAACACAGAUGAUGAACCAGCUGUCAAGAUCAUCAUAUGCAAAGAAACUUUCAGCCAGGGUUCUGAUCACGCAGGGGAAAAAGUCCACAAAUGCUCGGUGUGCGGAAAGUGUUUCAGUCUUCGUUCGCGCCUGAUUGUCCACGAGAGGACCCACACGGGCGAGAAACCUUACACCUGCUCGGAGUGCGGACGAAGCUUCAGCGUCAGCUCCAGUCUCAUCGCCCACCGGAGAACCCACACGGGCGAGAAGCCCUACAAGUGUUCCCAUUGUGCCAAGAGUUUCAGCGUGAAGUCCGGGCUGAUCGCUCACGAGCGGACCCACACGGGAGAGAAACCCUACAAAUGUCUGUACUGCAGCAAAAGUUUCCGCCGCAAUUCGGGUCUCGUGAGUCACCAGCGGAUCCACACGGGGGACAAGCCGUACCAGUGCUCGGUGUGCGAGAAAAGCUUCAGCGACAUCUCCAACCUCAUUACCCACCACCGGAUCCACACGGGAGAAAAACCUUACAAGUGCUUGGAGUGCGGGAAAAGCUUCAGCCAGAGCUCGUACCUCAACAGCCACCAGAGAAUCCACACGGGGGAAAAGCCAUACGAGUGCGCCGAGUGCGGGAAGACCUUCAGCGUUAGCUCUCGGCUUCGGAAGCACCAAAGGAGCCACACGGGAGAAAGACCUUUUGUCUGCUUGGACUGCGGGAAAACGUUCAGCGAGAGCUCCGAUCUCCUGGCCCACGAGAGGGCGCACACGGGAGAGAAACCCUUCCGCUGCUCCUUUUGCGGGAAGAGUUUUCUCCGUAGCUCUGAGGUGGUGAGCCACGAGAGAAUCCACACGGGCGAAAAACCGUACCAGUGCGGGGAGUGUGGGAAAAGCUUUAGUGUCAGCUCGCGCCUCAGCGCACACCGGAGGAUCCACACGGGGGAAAAGCCAUUCCAGUGCGUGGUGUGCGAGAGAAGCUUCAGUUACAAAUCCCACCUCAUUACUCACCAGCGAAUCCAUACCGGGGAGAAACCGUUCCAGUGCUCCGUCUGCGGGAAAAGUUUCCGGGGCAGUUCCAGCCUGGUGGCGCACGAACGGACUCACACGGGAGAGAAGCCGUACCGGUGUCUGGACUGUGGGAAAAGCUUUACUCAGAGCUCAAACCUCAUUAGUCACCAGCGAAUCCACACAGAAGGCAAUUCCUGAGAUCCUCCUCAAGUGGACCUCUGUGGAUUCUUAGUGGGCUCUUCCUUUUCCCAGGGAGAUGUCGGCGGCUUCCGUAUUUCGGCGGCAAUUCCACCUCUUCUCUAGAAGGGGCGCAUUUUCAGCAAUUGUGCACUAACAAAGGGUUUCCUUUCUCAACACUGAUGCUACAACGAACUGGCAGGUGUGUGUUUGUGUCCACCAAUUUACCCAGACCAAAGUACGUGAGGUUUGGGGGAGAUGCUGAUGGUGUGAUGCCUGGAGAAGUUGAUCAGAGGGGUAGAUAGAUGAUCACACCCCUUCUGUUCAGAAUCCCCUUCGCACCUGCACUGCAGGGCUGGGGGAAUCUUCUCUUUUUUUUCCAGAAAGGGAGAAUCUGCCACGUGUGGGGUAGAAUGAAAAUGUCUACGGUAAAGGAGGACUUCCGUUUUUAUUUUGAGAUCCAAGAUCCGAUCGGUUGGCUUUUUAGUUCCUGGAGAACCUAUUAGAACUAGAGGAGGAAAUUCCGCUUGGAAGGGGAGGGAAUUCUAGUUUACGGGAAACAGAAGAGCACGCGAUCUCGGGUUUGAAGUCAAAGGCUGCCGCAGUUUUCAAGUAGGGAAAUAAUUGAAAGGAGCGGGUGGGCGCAGGUUCAUCAUCUGAAGGCUUAACAUUUGCAGAAUUAUUUGGGAAGAGGGGUUCUAUCCCUCCCUUCCCCCCCCUCAAAAAAAAAGAAAACAGGACUCCAAUUUUUAGAAAGUUUGGAAAGAUUGAUUUGGCUGACUUAACAGGCCUGCCUGUAGCUCUGGCUCUCCAGAGAAAAGGAGGAACUAGGAGAAGUAUGGAAAGUAUUUGAAAAAUGUCCCAAAGGUGCUUUUUGCAACAGGCAACUGGACUUUCUGGUUUUUCUUUGAAGAGGUU